AGCAACAUGCAAACCUGCAAUUCUGCCCUAUGUCCUAGCGAUUGUGUUCUUUAUUCCCUUUUGUCAGGCAAAGCAUAGUUUCCUUCCCAUGAUAUUGUAGCAUUGGCCUCCAAUCACCGUUCGGUACACGCUCUUCGACCGCGAUCCUGAAAUCCCGCAUUCUCGCCCCCUUUGCAGACCGCCAUUCUGCAAGCCCCUCGAUACGAAGCAUUCUUUCUGCGAACCGCGCCCACUCUCGUGCACGUUAGGGCCCGUCGAGACUUUAUUCUCCGGCUUGUUCCACGUUGCGCCCGUCGAGUCUGUUUGGGAAGGGGUCUGUUCGCAUGGGCGCCGGGGUCUCGCAGUUGUACAUGGCGCAUUGACACUGAGAGGAGGGGAGGCCCAACUUGCGCACCUCAAUAGUGGCUAAUACUGCUGAUGGCGGGCAUAGCAACUGCAGGACCUUCGACUAUGGUCGUUAAUGGGGCCAGGCCGCCGUACGAUGCAGUGGGUUCCGCCAGUCAAGAGAACACGACUGCAAACAAAUCUCGCCCAGGAGGGCUGCGCCAGAACUCUUCAGGAUCCACGCGUGCACCGUUAUCCGCACUGGCACCGAACCGCAAAGACAGCACUGGCGUCAAUGGACGACCGGCUCCGCAUAGCAGAGUUGAAGAGUUGGGCCAGCGGGACACCAGUCUGAUACGGAGUGGAAGUGAGUCGGACAGCUUGCUUGAUCUAUACAAGAGCAACCCGAGCAGCGGUAAUGUCAGCCAAAACCACGCCGACAAUGAUAUUCCCGAGAACAUGUACCGGCCCUCCGACGAUGAUCCGGAGGGCUGGAUUCAUCGGGACAAGUUGGCCAAGAUCGAAAGCGAGGAAUUGCAAGCGGCCGGUAUCAACCUGGCCAAGGCGAGGAGGACCGUGACCAAGGGUGCGCAAAGGGACACCAGUCGAGGUCGACGCAGCGAGGACCGCAACACGUCCGAAUAUCGCAGAGUGGAGUCCGAGGAGACGAAAACACGACUGCCUGAGCCUCUACCAGAAGCGGAAGAGGACGAAAGAGCAAACUGGGAUUUCCGCACCCCGGAGGAGAUUGCGGCCGAGAACGCGUCGUCUCAACUAUACUUGAGUCCUACGCUAAGGAAAUCCGGUUCCAAAAUACCAGUGUUGACAUCGAGUCCUCUACCCAUACCGCAACAAACAAUCGAGCGAGACACCCCGCUGGUCAGGAAACGUACUAUUAGUAACAGUAUGAGUCCCGAAGAUGGUAUACCUGUCUUCAAGACCAGGAUCAGAAAGGGAAGCAUAGGGAGCCAGACGAUGCAGGACGAAGGCGAUUCUGCAUUACUCACGACACCUGUUCCCAACAAACAGCUAACCUCCAAAACAUCAUCUCCCACCAAGAAUCGACCCAAGACAGCCCAAGGCUCCCCCCCAGGCACGUCGGCUGGCCGUAAGACAUCUGCCACCACAAGGAAACCUUCCACUAACGCCAAACCCGGCGCAACACCAUCCACAAACCAACGCCCGGGAACGAGAUCAGGAGAACUCGAUCGACCUCGGACAGCAGUGAACCGGCCAGAAGGAGAUCCGCCGUGGCUCGCCACCAUGUACAAACCAGAUCCAAGGCUCCCUCCCGAGGAGCAAAUCAUCCCCACGCACGCUCGCAGACAGCAACAAGCACAGUGGGAAGACCAAGGCGCGGUCCCGAGCACAUAUGAUCGGAACUUUUCGCCUCUGGCGAUUCAUACGGGCAAUGGGCAGGUGAAGUCGCCUUCACCGAUCAUUCCCCAGUCGGCGCAGCUGGGCGAAAAGGAGACUGACGGCGCAGAUGGGGGAAGUGCCUGGCCUCUCAAACCCGGGCCUAAUGUCAGGAACUCUGGGGCGGGUAGCAUGAGACCUAGUACGGGGGGAAGCAUAAAUGGCGGAUACAGUACGAUGCCUCGAGUACCGAAUCCCGUGCAAAGCACCGGAAUGGGAAGUAUCACAUCCGUGCCCACUCAGCCGAACACCAGGAUGCAGGUGCAGCGGGUGCAACAAGAUGAUAUGGAGGAGAAGGUGAAGGUGAAGGGUUGCGGGUGCUGUGUUGUCAUGUGAGGAAAAAGGCCAGAAACGGUACUACAGCUUUCUUCUGUACACAUUCACAAGACAUAGGCUUGAUUUUCAUUUGUGCCAGGGACUGUUGGCCCGGG